AUGAGAGAGAGCAGGUGGAAUUUAGCGGGCAACUGCCCGCUGUUCGUUGCUCCCAUAUGUUUGCUAGUCAUUAUCUGCGCUUCACCAGCGUUGUCCGAGCCUCUAGCUGGGCCUUCUCAGCAGGAGGGGACGGUGACUGCUGAGUGCAAGGGCGAUGAUGGGUUGAGGUUGACUUUCCAGGUUCAGGACACCGAGAAGAAGUUCAAGUGCCCAACUGGCUGGGAACUGGAGCCGACGGCGGUGACCGCGGCGUUUCAGGGGAAGGCCUCGGAAGUGGAGUUGGAGAGGAUCGUUGCGGGAGCGAAGCUGGAGAAGUCAGAGAAGGAAUACAAAUUGUCUCUUCCGUCCGGUUCAAGCCGGGACCCGCGGACGUGGUACUAUCUGUGCAAGGGGUCGGGAGAGACCCAGGACUCCACCGGUGACGGGAAUUCUGCUGCUCCUGAGGACGAGAGGGGUGGCGGGGAUGAGUCUGACGCCGUUGACAGCUCCGGCUCUGGUGAACAGGGACUUUCGAGCCAAGGCGACAGUGGCGGGGGACACGGCGACGGCGGUGCUUUGCAGGGCUCGCAGAGACCCUCUAAUGCAGUCAACGCCGCACUUGGUGGCCCUGCGAAGAGUGAAGUUGAACAGGAACCUUCGAGGGACGACCAGCAGCACAGCAAUGGGGCCGAUGCGGAGGUUCCCCUCCCCGGCACACCCCUCAACACUGUGCAACCAAAGGUUGACAAGGACCAAGAAAUCCAGGACCUCACCAACAACCAGGCCGAAAUCAACAAAACACCCGAACCUUCUGGCUCCUCAGGCAAAACACACGAAAUCACGGGGCAGGACAAGAAAGACGAAGCAAGCACCAGCCCCGUGGCGGAAGCCGGUCCUCCAGGUGCUCACGGUGACGGUUCCAUCCCUUCCUCUGAAGCCGAUAUUACUUCUAAAGCUGUGAGAGCCGUCUUGCGCUCCUCUAACAAUUCCAAACCCGAGUCCGUUACACCAACCCUGAAAACGUGCAAAGUGACGGUCCAAGUCCUCCCAUCCACUGUCAUCGAGUGCAACGCUGGUGAAACGAAAGCAGCGACAGUCUCCGCGGUUGGCUCUCCAGUAGCCUUCAAAUGCGGAGCUGGCCUGAGUCUAGAAUCAACAGCCCUGGAUAAGGUGUAUGACGACAAGGACGGCAAGUGUGCGUCACAGGUGGCGCUCUCCAGUCUGGUUGACGGAUCGCUGUCCGUCGUCAGUCCGGAGAAGGAGAUAGAGGCUGAGCCGAAGAAGUACUUCUUUGGAGUGGACGUGCUGCCGACUGAGCAGCAGGCGCUGUGCUACAAGUGCGUGGAGACUUCGUCUUCGGAGAAGGAGGCGAGCGGCGGCGCAGCGGAUGCUGGGAAGGAGUGUCAGGUCAAGAUCACGGUUGCGUCACCGGCUGUGUCGGCGGCGCCAGGGGCCGUGAGCUUCGCAUGCGUCGCUUUGUUUGGAGCGGUCGCAGGUGGUCUGCUUUGA